CUCAGAAAUUAAGCCCUUUCUACAAUUACAACUCGAGUCUUUUUGGCGUAACUACACAGUACACACACAAGUCGAUCUCUAGGAAAUGCCGGUAUAACUCAGGCGCUUUCUGCACAUCUCAAGUCAAGAAACAUUGUUUACAUGCGUGAUAAAGGCAUCUCAGAAGGAAAUCAAAUGGUGAGCGAAAGAAGUGAUGGUGAUAGGAAAGUGGACGAUAAAAAGACACUCGAUAACAUAAAAACGAAAAGCCCGUUGCCACACUUGAACUCGAAAAGCAUUUCAGUCAAUGGGACAGACAAGGACGCUGAUAAGAACAUCAUUUUGAGCACCGGCAAAGCUACGUCUCCAGUCCUGGUCAUCGAAGAGGAAAGUAUGAGCAGCAGUCAAUCAAUAGAAGUUGACGGUAGGGUGGCAAAUGGACAAGAUAGUCCCGUUCAUGACCUUGAAGUUGAGAGUGACGACAUAGGAGAUGCAGAUUAUGAAAACAGAAAGAAACAAAGUUCACAUCAACAGCAACCGAAGAAAGUUAUUCAUCGUGAAAAAAGGUCAGAUGAUCGGAGACAAACUAGAAGUACUUCCCCAAAAAAUCCGUAUGGAAGGACAAUGCGGACUAGCUUAAUUCAGACACCUAUAGUUUGGCCACCAUCAAAUGUUCCGCAGAGUUGGGCCCAGUUUGGUGGAUAUCAUUAUCCGACCCAGGGAAGAAUGCCUGCUCCACUGGCUUUAAUUUCACCUUAUACCCCGACGUCCAAUUUCCAUCGCUUGCAGACGUAUGUACCAAUGGGAAAUAGUUCUAGAGGCGCUGAUAGCCAGAUGGUUUCUCCUCCUUCGCAUUCGUCUUCAAGCUAUUCCAGCAUGCAGUCCCCGCAGCCCGGUGAAAAACUAAGCAAAACUAAUUUGUACAUACGAGGUUUGCCAUCUUCAACUACUGACGAUGACCUUGUGAAUAUGUGUAGAAUAUACGGUGCUAUAAUUUCCACCAAGGCAAUUUUAGAUAAAGAUACAAAUAAAUGUAAAGGUUAUGGUUUUGUUGAUUUUGAUAGCCCGAUUUCAGCUCAGCGGGCUGUAGCUGCACUUCAGAGUAAAGGAAUCCAAGCACAAAUGGCGAGGCAACAAGAGCAAGACCCUACAAAUUUAUACCUCUCAAAUUUACCAAAGAAUAUUGAUGAAAGUCAAUUACAGCAAAUGCUAUCGAUGUAUGGCCGUGUAAUAUCGACCAGGAUAUUGAAAGAUGGAAAUGGUUACAGUAAAGGUGUUGGGUUUGCUAGGAUGGAAAGCCAAGAAAUUUGCGAAAACAUAAUCGCUAAAUUAUGCGGACAGAGUUUGCAAGGAAGCACAGAACCAUUGUUGGUAAAAUUUGCAGAUGGUGGUCCAAAGAAAAGGCCGCAACAUCAAGAGAAAGUCUGGCGGGAUAAUGAGGCCGGUGGCUACUUGACUACUUAUGAUGUGACACAUUCUACAAGUCCAAUCAGUACCCCUGGGAAUACGAGAGUGACCGCUGUGAUGCCAGGCCAAGGAAUGAUUUCAUAUACUCAAGGAUCAAGUGGAAGCCAUUAUCAGCAACCAGUGACAGGCGGUGUUGGCUGGGUCCAAUCGCAGCCUUAUGCUGUUGCCGUACCAAUGAGCCCAACUUCUGUUGAUCCUCCGGCCAUAACUCAUUUCCAACAAAAUGUAAUGCCUCAUUUAACCAGCCAGAUGGCCCAGAUGCAGUUACCUAGCGGAGGGUACUUGACUGCGGUUCCAACCGUCGCGGGGUACGCUCCUCAGAGUUCGUGGCAUGUCUCCCAACCCCAGGCUCCUUCGCAUCAUGGACAAGUCGAGGAGUCUCAUUUCAUAGUAGGCAGUCCUGAGUCCCAUGAUGCCUCCGUGUCUCGUAUGCACGCAGGGUCAUCUCAACAAUUACAGCAUCCAGGCGAGGCUAUCGUCGAUGACCAACAUCGCGUGGUCUAUGCAGCGUAUGCAAGGAAAUAAGAAUUUGAAUGUGUUUUUUAAAGGUGAUGGGUGAAGUUCAUGUUUUGUUCUUUGUGCUAAAUGCAUGGAUUCCUAUGAUCACAAGGGUAUGGAAAUCUAGUGAAAGAGAAAUGUUUUUAAAACUAAAAAUCUAUUGAGUGGAUUUUCAAAGAAAACUAUCUUUUCGGAAGUAGAUAGCAGACAAGAUGUUUUUAAAAUCCAUUCGGUUUAACAAAGCGGUCAAAUUUUAACUUCGAAAUAUUUUUGCAUGUUGAUUUGAGAAUAAAUUCAUUUGAUUUUAAACGUUAGUAUUUGAAGUAAUUGUCGAAAAUUGUACUUAGAAUUGUAGACAAAUGUUUUUAUUAUGUUCGGCAAAAUGUUGUUGAAAUAAUGCCGUUUAAAGCAGUAAAAUGUUCCAUCUGAAUUCCUACUUGAUUUCUUCAGACUAAAGAAAUUAGUUGAUUAUUUCGUCAGUUUAAUGGUAAUUUGUUUUUUCAAUAGUUUCUCUAACUAAGAUGACCUGUUUUAGCUUGGACAUUGGUAAUGUUUAUUGACAUUUUUUAAAUAGAUAUGUUUUUUUGUUUUUAGCUUAGCUUUUUCUUUUAAUAAGAAUUUGCAGCUUUUUAGGGUAAAACCAAGACUACUUCGUUAGAUUAGAUUAUAAAAUAUUUUUUCUGUUGACUUUUAUUCAGAAAUUGGAGACUUAUUUUUACUUGUCUAAAGCUUUUUACGUAUAGCUUUAUCUUUGAAUAACACAAAGUUCAGUGAGAUUUGGUAACAAAUCAUCAUAUGAUUUCCUCCAUUUUUGUUUUUUCCAAUCCACGUUAUUUAUCAUUCUCUCUGCUAAUGUCCUGUCAGGGUUUUUGUUAAUCAUGUCCUUAUAUGCAUUUUCCUUGUAUAGUUUUAUAGCCCUGAAAUCCUGUGAAGUCCUCAAAGUUUAAGUAUUGCAUGGAAUACCGAAUUUACUUACUAUGAGUAAACCUGGUAGAGUAUGUAACGGUGGAUUUCAUUGACUAAACCAUAAUUUCUCCUGUUAAUAUCAACCCUAAGCACUGUUUCUGUAUGUGGUUUUGGCCUAUAAGUUGGAUGGCCUAUAAAUUGGACGGCCUAUUUAUAAAACCAAUGCAAUUUCAACUGUUUGUGACGAAGUAUAUAGAUUUGCAGCGUUUAUUUAUCUGUCAAGACCAGUUGUAUAUGGGAAAAUUUGGUAGUUCUUUUAAGGAACUGACUCACGACUUGUUAGUUUAUUUUUAACAAAAAAUCGUUUUUAUGAUGCAGCCCUUUCAAUGGAUAUUCACACAGCACAUGUAUGUUUUUGGAUGUGGCUCAAAUUUGCUUUCAUGCUACAAAUUAAAGAUUUCGGUUAAACAACUGUUUCAAAGACCAGAUUUUCCAAGCAUUGCUCACUUUACAACGCUGGCGUAAUUUCUCACAGCUAUCAAAACUGAUGAACAUUUCUCAGGUUUAUAUUUUUAUAGUAAGCUAACGCCGCCAUCACAAUAACACACAUGUGCCUUAAAUAAAAGCAUGGAUAUAAUUGGGCAUCAAGUCUUUCAUAAGAUGAAUCGUUUUUCUCAAACAAAUAUUACAACCAUUCUAGGGAGGAUUUGGGGUAUCUAAAAUCAAUCCAUAAAACGGCUCUACAAGCCAGCAGUUCUAGAAACCUUUCCAGUAUAGAAGCAGAUCCAUUCUUCUGGUGGACUUGGUGCUCCUAGGGGGAAAAAGCAAGUAGCUUUCACCACAAUAUUGUUUUGCCGUAUGCAGAUUGCCAAAUAUUAUCAAUGGAUUGGGUUUUAAAAAACAGCAGUUUCCUAAAUAUCACCGAAUGAAAGUUUCUUGCUUUUUCUCUGAUACACAUAUACAGCAAUAGUAUUUAAAAUUCUUGCCUGUUAAUUAUAAUUUGAGCAGAUUGUUCUGCGCGCUCGAUGUUUUCUACCAAAAGCCAAUUCACAUUAAAAGGUCAUCCAACACACCAAUUAUCUUCAAUCUUUGUCAAAAGGUGAUAUUUUAAAAGUUGCUUUUCAACUGCAAAUAUACUAUUUAGAAACAAUAACUUGAAUAGUACCUUCCCGUUUAAUGUAUCCUGGUAGAGGAUGAACUUUUAAAAGUGAAGACGGCUUAAACUACAAAGGUUUUUGCCCAUGUUGGGCUUAGAAUGUUAUGCUCCACAACAUAUUACUUUUCUCGAUAUUUUUUUUCAAAAUCUUAAAAUGAAUUUGCAUUUUAUGCUUAAGUUGUAACCAGCCAAGAAAUAAUUUACUGCCUGAAACAUUAUUUCUAACCCAUGAAAUUAUAGCAGAGCAACUUGUCCUUAACAUUUCUAAGAAAGUUCCAUCCGAAUACCUUAUGUUAGAUUUCCUGUAUUGUUUUUGCCAGGAAACGUUUGCCUUUUAGGUAACCCACCCCACUCUCCGUUGAGAUUUGUUUGUCUGGAAAAUAGUUUAAUCAACCAGAACUUUUCCUGGAAAGAAGUUCUUAAUUUAUUAUUCAGUUGCUUGAGAAAGUAUAACAUUAUUCAUCGCAGUUUUUUCCCGGUUACAGAAUAAUUUUUUUAACGUCUCAUUUUGAUCACCUUGUACCAUAUAGCAACGCAGCAUACACUGCUUUGAUUUUUUGAAAUUAUUUCAUAAGAUUUGUAGAUGGCAAAUGCAAAUUCAUCACAGGGAGAUAGCCUAUAGGUGCCAAUUUCAAAGGAGUUUUCUGUUUUCAGCCAAUUUACCUUUUUUGUUUCAUAGAAGUAGUCUUUAGCUAGGUUUUAGGAAAUUUGCUUAUUUGUGUCCGGUGCAUUUGUUUGUUUCUUUUGAUUUUUGUGUAUUUUAAGUAGCGAUAGCUUUAUCGAUUUUAGUAGAUUAUUAUUAGAUUGUUUUUUGGAAA